AUGGCAUCAGUCAAGCCAAACACAAACUGGGCGGAAGAUGAUAUCGAAGCCGAUGAAUUACCCCCAACAACGGAAACUACCGACGCUAACGGUGUCACCACAAUAGUCAGCUGGAAAUUAGAUGAGCAAGAUAGAAAAGUCAAAGUAACUAGACGAGUGAGGAGAAGAGUGCAAACCGCUAUCGUGUCACACACAGUUGCUGAGAGGAAAGGAUGGGCAAAGUUCGGCUUGGAUAAGGGAAAGGCUUCUGGACCUGAUAGAAAGACUACAAUCAUUGGAGAAAACUUGCAUUUCAGAGUUGCACCCGUCAGCAAGGCUGAGCCAGAAGCUACCGAUCCUGUCGCCGCUAAACCUUCCGGUGGAAAAGCAGUCGUUUGUCGACUUUGUCAAGGUGGUCAUUUCACUGCUAAAUGUCCUUAUAAAGAACAAUUGGCCGUUAUUGAUAACAUGAACACUGAUGGUGCAGAUGAAGAAGAGGAAGCUGCUGCUGCUGCCAGUGGAUUGGCACCUAAAGGAGCUGGGUCUGCAGGUGGUAAAUACGUACCUCCAGGACAACGUGCUGGUGGUGGAGCAGGAGAAUCAAUGUUCAGAUCGAGAGAUGAUUUACCAACACUUCGAAUCACCUCGUUAUCUGUUGACGCAGAAGAAGAUGAUGUCCGAGAUUUAUUCUCCAAAUUCGGUAGAAUCGCCAGAGUUUCAGUCGUUAGGGAUAGGGAGACUAGACAAAGUAAAGGAUUGGCAUUUGUCAGUUUCGAAGAGAAGAAGUCUGGAGAAGAAGCUAUCAAGGUCAUGAAUGGACGUGGUUACGAUUCUUUGAUUUUGAACGUUGCGUGGUCGCAACCACGAGGAGAGCGAACUUAG